UCAUAGCCGGCACCGUGGCUCACUAGGCUAAUCUUCUGCCUGCGGCGCCGGCACACCAGGUUCUAGUCCCUGUUGGGGUGCUGGAUUCUGUCCCGGUUGCUCCUCUUCCAGUCCAGCUCUCUGGAGUUAAAUGGAGAAACUCCUUAAAAAUAGUUGUGAUUAGAUAUGAAUGCUCCAAGUGUUUUUUUUUUUUCUUUUCUUUUUUAAAGGCAGAGUUAGGGAGAGUUCAAAAUGUUCUAAAGAUUGUUCCUCCUAUUCUCACCACCUCAGUGUUUAUACCAUCUAUUUGCUAAAGCGAAAAUCUUUAUUCCAGGUCUAUGUAAAUUUCAAACCAUUCUGAAAUCAAAGCAAUGCAGGUUUUCCUAAAGACGAUUCAUUAUAGGUGUCCUUUAGAAUAUUCCUGAUGGGGCUGCUGCUGUGGCACAGCAGGUCAUGCGGUGCUGGCGUCCCAUGUGGGCGCCAGUUCCAGUCCCGGCUAACGCGCCUGUAAAAGCGGCGGAGGAUGGCCCAAGUGCUUGGGUCCCUGCACCCAUGCGAGAGACCAGGAUGGAAGUCCUGGCUCCAGGCUUCAUCCUGGCCCAGCGUGGGCCCUUACGGCCGUUUGUUGGGUGAACCGGAGAUUGGAAGAUCUCUCCUUCUGUAACUCUGCCUUUCAAAUAAAACUUUUAAACAAAUUGUGGAAAAUGGAGUUAAAUUUUUAAAAAUUAAGAUAUGCCUAAUAAAGAUACAAUAGGAAACCUUAUGUUUCAAAUGCUGUUUACUUGCGUGUGCACAGCAAGCAUCAUGAAAGCUGUUUGCCUUCUCACUUAAACUUGGCUACGGAGAAUACCGUUAGCUUUUUUUAGAACAGCGUUCUGCCGCUCUCGCGCAAUUUCAGGGAUGGAGCAGGCUUCUGGCUAGGGGUACACCUAUUUUUGUUUGUAAGGGUAAUUUGCAUCUGAAUGGCAAGUAUAGGUUGCCCGCUUUCACGGCAUUAAUUCCUAAGCCACUCAGCUCACUGCCCCCAUCUCCCCCAGUAAGGACCCUUUCACACGUUCAGUGCCCCUGGCUCGGAACGGCUUCUGACGUCCUUCCCGAAACGAUUACCAGGUUGAGCCCGGGGUCGUUACCCAGGCAGAAGUUCUGCCACACUUCCCCUGUCUGCACAUUGCCACUAGAAGGGGCAGGAGCAAAGCCAUCCGGGCGUCGCUACGCGGGGUCCCCCGCGUCGCGCUUCCGAAAUGCGUGACGUUCGGCAGCGUGCCUUCCAAGAGGCAUGGGCAAAGGCAGCCCCUUCUCGGGGCCGUUACCAAAAAGCAGUGUUCUGUGAAACAGACCCGCUGCUCUCCUUGCUGCCCAGGCCGGUCUGCCAUAAACCUGCUUUCCAUACAGGCAGUGGGUCCUGUGGGUCCCGUGUUGACGGAGCCGGGGCCCGAGCGAGGUGGCGGCCUGGGCGCUUUGCCAUUGGCCACUUCAGCCCGGAAGUUGGUGAUGCAGGAGGCGGGCCUUCCUUUGCGCGUGCGCUCGGCUGUCCUCACCGACGGCAGCCGCGGAGCCCUGUUGGUACCUGCGGCAAGCGGAGUGCCGGCCUGGGCCUCGCAAUGCCGGUGGCUAUGUCGGUUUUCUUUUAGCUUCUGAAACGAUCUGCUCCGAGCGGCGGUUCGGUCAUCUUCCAGGACCUGGUCGGUCUGGUGGGGGUUGCGGUGUUUUCAGUGCGGAGCUGAGGGGACAGCCCCCCGGCCCGGCCGCCGAUUUGGUUAGUACCUACUGGCCGACAGCGCUUGGGAACCUUUUAAAAGUCUCUCUCAAGUAUUUACCUAGAAGAAGAAGAAGUCCAAACCGUGAUGCUGAUUCAGUAUAUGUCAUAGUUAAGACGAUCCAGACAUUAGAAUCGUUAACAAACAAUUAUUUGGAUCGAUGUUUUUACUUUCACUUUGCUGGACAGAAAGACAAAACUGGACUGCCCGUUUCAGGCCGGACGCCCAGCCACGCUUGUGGCUCGACGCCUCAGAGCCAUGGCAACAGACGAGCCAGGAGACGCUAAGGCCCAGUCCCAAGUCUCAGCUUCCAGUCAGCGCCAGCAGGUGCCUGCAAAGCCCCACUAUGCGCUCAGCUCCACCCUCGCGGGACACACGCAGGCGGUGUCGUCGGUCAAGUUUAGUCCUAACGGAGAGUGGCUAGCCAGCUCCUCUGCUGAUAAACGAAUUAUAAUUUGGGGAGCAUAUGAUGGAAAACUUGAAAAAACCCUGUAUGGUCACAGACUGGAGAUCUCAGACGUUGCUUGGUCGUCGGAUUCCAGUCGUCUUGUUUCUGCUUCAGAUGAUAAGACGCUGAAGAUAUGGGAUGUGAGCUCUGGGAAAUGCUGGAGAACACUGAAGGGGCACAACAAUUAUGUCUUCUGCUGUAAUUUCAACCCCGCGUCCAACCUCAUCGUUUCUGGGUCUUUCGACGAGAGUGUGAAAAUAUGGGAGGUGAAAACAGGGAAGUGCCUUAAGACUUUGUGUGCUCAUUCUGACCCGGUGUCUGCAGUGCAUUUUAACUGCAGUGGGUCCUUGAUAGUGUCAGGUAGCUAUGAUGGUCUCUGUAGAAUCUGGGAUGCUGCAUCAGGUCAGUGUUUAAAAGUGCUUGUUGAUGAUGUCAACCCUCCUGUCUCCUUUGUAACAUUUUCUCCAAAUGGUAAAUAUAUUCUCACUGCGACUUUGGACAAUUCUCUUAAACUGUGGGAUUAUAGCAGAGGCAGAUGCCUGAAGACAUACACAGGGCAUAAAAAUGAGAAGUAUUGCGUAUUUGCCAGUUUCUCAGUUACUGGUGGGAAGUGGGUUGUGUCCGGUUCAGAGGAUAACCUGGUUUACAUCUGGAACCUUCAAACUAAGGAGAUUGUGCAGAAAUUACAGAGUCACACAGAUGUCGUAAUCUCAGUGGCUUGUCAUCCUACACAAAACAUCAUUGCAUCGGCAGCAUUAGAAAAUGACAAAACAAUUAAACUCUGGAUGAGUAACUACUGAACCCCACAGGGAACUGCGCAGUAGAGCUGAGGUGACAAAAAAACAAAACAAAACAAAACACCUGACUGAAGAUGGCAGUUUCUCUUCCCUUUGGUUUUAUAUUUCUGUACACAUUUUUGAAAAUUUUGAAAUUUAUAACCCAAACUUUAAAAAAUGACAUGAAGGAACAGGUGUUUAGGUUAGUAGUUCCCACAUCAGGGCACCUGGUUCAAUCCCAGCUCUGGCUCCUGACUCCAGCUUCCUGCUAAUGCAGUCCCUGGGGCACAGUGGUGAUGGCUCAAGUAAUCAGGUUCCUGCCACCCAUGUGGGACCCAUAUUGGGUUUCCAGCUUUAGCCCCAGCCAUUGUGGAUAUUUGGGUGGGAGCGCUCAAUGUCCUCUACUUCUUCAUUUAAAAAAAAAAAAAAAAAGCCAGCUGGGAAAGCAAGUGUAGAAUGUGGAGCCUCUGACGUGUCAUCUCGAGUGUCAGCAUUCGUCGCAGGUGUCUGUAUGUGGGUGGUCUCCUUCCUCCCAGUGACAGAGGCCCAGUGUAUUUGGGGAAUAUUUAUAAGUAAAUAUGUUCUUGUUAACUGAGGGAAGCAGGGGAGUUUGGAAUAAUUCCAAAUAAUUCCAGGCAUAAGCCUGGGACGAUAAUGGUGGAUUGGAAGUAUAUGUCAGAGGCCACCACACACUUUUGGUGACAUCCUGUAUGAUUGCAUGGAACAGUCCAUAUGGUUUGGGAACACCCAAAACAGGUGUCUGGCAUUUUGGUGAAGGAGCUCUCCUGUGCUGUAUUGUGCCACCCUGUGAUUUUCAGGCGAGCUGGAAUGUCAGGCUGGUGGGAUGGCUCUCCUUCACAAUGUGUCUGUCUCCUACCCACACUUCAAACUCAGCUCACUCAUCGCCACUUGCAGAGCCGUCACUUCCUGCCUGCCUCCAACCCAGCUAGCAGCUGAAUUAGGUUUUCCUACCUGUUCCCAUGGCUUCUGUUACAAAGUUCAAAAUGCAUUAUUUACCAGUUUGUAUUGUAAUGCUUUCAGUUGGUUAUGGUCUCUGGAGUUGGGAAGUGUAUCUUAGUCAUCUUUGUAUUGUCGGUUUGUGUGGAGAGAAGGGGCUCAAGUCACAUUGGGUGAAUGACAAUGAAUGACACCACAUAUUCAUUCUUUGCCUUGCUUUUGAUAAACUUUGGUAAUAAAUUCCCCAACCUGUCA